AGGAGAUUAAGAGGGGCAGCGGCAGAAACGGGGUGAGGCUGCUUGUAGCAUCUUGACAAUGGCACGUCAGGCCGUGCCAGCACCCCGGCAGCUAUUCAUUCCUCUCCGAUGCAGCCCUUUGAUCAUUUGAAACUUGGAAUCCCCACUCGUCAACAAUCCCAACAGACCUUUGAGCAGUUUUCUUUCUUUUUGCUUCACUGAGUGGUCAAAUUAAAAUUCAGGAGUGAGGAUGCUAUGUUCCCUUAAACAUCUUGGAGGAAGAACGAGAUAUAAGUAAAGGCAUUAGUCAACAAGAACUUCAUUUCAAAAGAGCCAUUAAAAGUAAUAAGCGGAAAAAAACCCUUUCCCACCUUGACAGAAGAAGAGAAAUGAUGAGUUCAUAACUGGAAAAGAACAACAUUGUGGUUGAAACCAUCAUUCAAACAAACACAAAAAAGAAAUAAAACACUCUGGUUCAAGAUGAAUUACAGAACACCCACUGUAAGCAAUCUGUACCUCAGUGGCACUACCAGGCCUGAGACAGACCAUGGGACAACUGUUGAUGAGACUGGAUCAGAAACUGUUGCGAUGACACCUGAACCCAGCAGCUUUAUCAGCACCAAAAUUCCAGAUGUGGUCAGCAAUGGCCCAGUCAUGGAGACCAUGCUGUUGUCCUUUGGCAUCAUUACUGUUAUCGGGUUGGCGGUAGCAGUGGUUUUGUAUAUUCGGAAGAGGAAACGACUGGAAAAGUUACGACAUCAGCUCAUGCCCAUGUACAAUUUUGAUCCUGCAGAAGAACAAGAUGAGCUAGAGCAAGAACUGCUGGAGCAUGGCAGAGACGCCGCUUCUGUUCAGGCUGCCCAAAGCAAGGCAAACCAAGGUGUUCUCCAGAGACCCAGUCGUCUUGUGUUCACAGAUGUUGCGAAUGCCAUCAGUGCAUGAAGAAUACAGGAAGAUGACACCAGCCAGUUAGCAAGCUACUGUGGGUAGUUAUUAUCAAUUCUCGCUGGGGGAAAGAGGCCAAGAACCAAGACUGCCAGUGCUCCUGUUGCCAAGAAACUGCCCCAUGCUGCAGAUUGAUUGGCAAUGUUGCAGGUACCAAGUAAUGUAUGAUAGAAGAUGAGAGGUUAUUUAUAGAUACAAUGAUUGGAAUGAAUAUAGUAACAGGCUUUGGAAAUAAUAGCAUCAAUUCCUAAGGCCUUCCUUCCCUGAGAUAUUGACAAAGGUGUCUAGAGUUUGAGACUGCAGAUUCAGCUAGGCCAUACUAUGCAGUAGACUCAAAAUAUGAUCCUGUUGGUUUAACUCCUAGGAACCUGGAAUGUAUGAAGUUGUCAACAUAUAGCAGUGUCAUCCCAUCUCAUGUUCUCUGGUGCAGUAAAAGCUGCCCUUCAGUAUAAUCACAUGAGUUAGCUGUUGUCUUUCCAUUAGAUUUCUACAAUGUAAGGUGUUCUACUAGCUGGUUCUUUGAGGAAGGAUAACCUGGAAUAAAGGCACUGCUAAUAGUAACCUCUGUGUCUUACGGAGGCAGAUAAACCUCACAAGUUUAUCACCUCUUCUAACACUAAUUCUUAUUAUAGGGGAAGAAUCUUAGAAAUAAGAGCAAUGAAACUAACUUGUAAAUCCUGAGAUGAUUCACUCCAGUCAGCAUUGGCUGAAAUGAAAUGAAAAAAAAAAGACAAAAAGAAAAGAAAAAUGAAAUGAAAUUGUAUUUGGAAAAAUAGUGUUAUAUAUGCAUGUUCUUGCAUAUAUUAAAUAAUCAGAAAUCCCUGCAUCUCCAUAUUGAAUGGGCUAAUAACUCAUUUGAAAUCCAUGGGAAAGUCUCAACAUUUUUUAACCUUGACAAAUUCUAAAUGGAGAUUACACACUUAUUUUACAAUUUAAAGGAAAAAUGCAUCUGCCUACCUAGCUUAUUUAUUAGAUAAAUUGGGAUACCAGCCCUAUGGUUAAGACCAUUUUGCUUAUCCCAUUUGCAGCUGGGUAGAAUGCUGAGUUACUUAUUUAUUAAACUAAUUUAUUUUCUUUCCGUCACUAAAAAUGAAUAUUUAUUAAUUUAAUUUAUUUAUUUGAGUUCAGUAGCUGCCCAGCUCAACAAGAGACUCUGGGCAGCGUACCAUUUACAUGAGAUUUGGGCACAGAAUUUGGAUUUUGUUUUGUUCCAGUUUGGAAAUGGGAGGCAGGGGGAGUUGGGAAUUGGGUCCAUGGAAGAAAGGCUAGCAAACGAUAAUUGCACAGCUGCCAAGAGGCCUGUGCUAACCAAAGGCCCUUGUUAAAAAAAAAAAGCUUUGCAUUUUUUUAAUGGAUUAGCGAAAACAGUUGGGAACAAGUUUUAUUUACAUUUAUCUAAACUCCAGUGAUGGCAUAGAUCCUCAGGAAUCUGCAAGAGCAGCCAGCCUCUGUGUUAUAUUUUGCUUUGUGGCAUGAUGGCGACUCUGCCUGUUUCUGAAGCUGCCUCUUACAUUUAUGUUUACAUUGGCUUUCUAUCCUGUCUUUCUAUUGCUUUGUCCAGAAAAGCAAACAAAAGAGCCAUUACAAUAAAGGGCUACAAAAAAUCAAUAAAAAGAAAGAGAGAGAGAGAGAGAACAAAAAAAAAAGAAAGCUAGGCCACACAAGAAAUCACUGCAGAGAAAAUAAUUCCUGAUGAAAAAUUGGAAGGCUGGGUGAACAGUUGCAGCCUAAUUACGUGUUCAGUGUACAAAGAAAAAUACAAAAUUUCAGAUCUAGCAAGUCAACUUCCCCUCCUGUUAACCAUUCCUGCUGUGAAAACUAAUAUUAAAUAUCUAUGCAUGUUUAUCUGUUGUAGUUUCAGUGAAAAGGAGAGAGGGGGAGCUCAUUCCCCCUCUCCUCCUUGCAAAGAAUCGGAUCACAGAUGCUUUGGAGUGUCUUGUCGUUCAGAGCCCAGGCAGGAGUUAUAUGCGUGAUAUAAAGCCAUUUGCUUUGGCAGUUGCUAAAAGAAACCACCUGGUGAAGAAUCAGUAAGGAUAACAGGCCACAAUAAUGGGUUCCAGCUACAAGAGGUAAAUGAAAAACAGUACGAAGAAGAGUGUUUGUGGGCACUCACACCCUUUCCAACAGAUUUUGGAACCCAACCACAGCCCCCUGGCAGAAUGCGUACAUUUGUCCGCUGUUAAUCAAGCCAGAAGAAAGUGCAGAUUAAGUACAAAUGGGAUUUCAUGCGGUGAUACAAUAUGUCUCUGUGUCUCUUGUGUGUUUUGCUGGCUGUUCUUUUCGAUGUUCUCAAGAUAGCAAACUAUCUGCCAUCUCUUUUCAAAAGGAACAUUUUAAAAAUGUUUCUCAAUCCAAUUCUUCCUUGAAUUGGGUGGGGAAACUGUAAAUCACACAAGACCAGAUCUGUAUGAUGCAUGCAUAACGUUUGGCUGUCACAUCAAUGCGUUAAUGGCAUGAUAUACAUGGUGCAGGUAUCUCUAUAUAUCAAUGCUAUCACUGUCCUUUCACCUAAUUUUUUUUUUCUUCUGUGCAUGCAUUUUGACAGAAGUGAUUUUCUCUGCAACCACAGAGCAAUUCUGUAGAAGUUUAUUAUACCGUACAUGUGAAUGGCUAUGUUAAUACAGUGAUUAACUCCACAAAAAUAUUAUCCCUCUUAACCAAGUUAGCUCCUUCUUCUCCCCCAGGCCUCCUCCCCUUGAAAGAUAGUGAUGACGCAUAAGAAGAAGGUUGUGAUAAAACCUUCCUUAAGUCAAAAUGAAUUCUUUAAGAGCAAUUGCACAGAUACAAGAAACAAUUUCUUCUGUCUCACUACUGUUCAUUCUUUUUUUUAAAAAAAAUUCAAAUGAUUCCAAAGGACCCAGAUGAAUCUACGAUCCUCAAUUGAUAUGAAUUCAGUUUCCAUAACUCAAAUCAAUAAGCCAGAACCCAGUCUUUGUGCAAUUCUGCAGAAAAUGCCUGGGGAAAUUGUGAGCUUCUAGGCAUUAGUGGAUUCCAGUUCCCCUUGUCCCUGGCCAUUGGCUUGGGCUGAUGAGUAUGUCAGUCUAAACGUCUGAGGAGAUUGUGGUUCCUCAACACUAUUAUAGAGAAGCUUCUGGUAAAAAAAAAAAAAGUAUAAGCAAUCCUUAUUUUGGGCAGCCGUAAUUUGGCUCUGCUGACCACAGUGCAGUUGCUGGUCCACCGCGCAUAUCUGCACUGGAUCCUGCCAUUUUGUGCCCUUUUCAUUUGCAUUCCAAUUAGUUGAUUGCACAUGAAACUUUUGGCCAGUUUCUUUAAAGGGCAAUAGCUAUGCCAAUUCUUUAGAGGCUCUCCUGCCAGCCAUCUCUAAACUUACAGCUGUCAGAUAUGGUGGAGAUACAACUCCCUGGAAAUUGUGGGCGUUUCUGCCUCAAAAUAAUUGAUGUGCUCCAGGUUGCCAAAGUGCACUGUGCUUUGCAAUGCUCCUGCUGCUAAAUAGUAUUAGGUUUAUUUCCUUCUGGCUUCUGUUUCUUGGUGGCAGCAUCGUCUCUCUCUUCAAUCGCUAUCAUUAGCAAUGCAAAAGAUGCAAAAAAAAAAAUCCAAAACAAAACUUGGAAAAAUAUGUUUUUGUAAAUGCAGUGAGAUGUUCAAUGAAGUGCCAUUAAUGGAAAUCCUUCAGUUCUCAGACACUUUAAAUCACAGAGGCUGAACGGUGAAUUUACUGAGUAUUUGGUACGAACCUGCACUUUUGGUCCAAGGAUUAUUUCUGUAUGGUUCAGUAAGUUCGUAUGAAUGAAUAUGAGUAGAGAAAGAAUUGUUCCCUUUGCUCAGCAGACUUCACUCUGUGGCGCAGCCUCUCUGAUUGUGUUGUAUCAUUGAUGACUAAGAGAGGAAUGCAGAGAUUUUGUCAGGGUUCUUCUACCACAGUAUUCUAAUGCAAUAGCCCUUUCUAACAUGUACUCGGAUAACUGUGACAAUAUGUUCUUGUAUUUGAGAUGUUAUUAAAAUAUUUAUGUGAAAUCAAGAAUUUUAUUGGCUCCCUCCCUCCCCCCCUUCAUUUUGCUUGAUCCUACAAAUGUUCACUCAGGAAGAGGGCACCUGUUGUGUCUUGCUCGCUUUCCCCGCAGCCGGGCCCCUCUU